UUAUAUAUAUAUUGUCUUCAUUGUGUUAUUAACAAUGACCACAUGCUUUUUUAAGGUCAAGUUUUGUUUUCAUUCUUACCGUUCAUCUCAACAAGCUGGCCCAUAUGUACUAACAAUUUUAAUAUAAUGCCUAGUGCAUUGCGAGCUUAUAUAUGAUCUUCAUUGUGUUAUAGUCGAAGUGAUCUACACUACACUUCUAAACACUACACUUCUAAAAGGGAAGAAUGGCUAGACCCAGGGAGCCCAUUGAUACCUCAAAGUGGGCGGAAGUUAAAUCCAUCAACAACUAUGCCCUGUUUAUGGGAUACAUGUCUAUGGCCGUCAAGGGACUGGGUUAUCUUGUGGUUUUAUGGACCACCGUUAUUCUUCUCGGUGGUUUCGUCUCCGUGCUUGGGAAGAAAGAUUUUUGGUGUCUCACAAUAAUUACACUUGUCCAAACUGCUGGAGUUUCCGAUGUCCUUCUGAACGAAAAACUACAAUAUAUUAGGAGGUCGUUUUCAGGCUUCUUCACGGCCACACUGCAUACAUUGCUCAGGAAGAGCAAGGAUGUUGGUGUUGCGGUUUCAUUAUGUAUGCCGAUCUUGCUCUGUGACUACAUCCUGAACGAGUUGGUAUUAGUAUUCGUAUGGGUGGUUCAUGUGCUGGUGUUUGGCAUCAUCCUGUGCCCUCUGGCGGCGUUCUACAUAUUUGGGCUGCUCAUCACCACCGGCCUCUCGGUGUGGCGCCUGAUACAGCGCGACUAUGGCGAGGCUGAUGGAGGUGCGAACCUGCGUCCCGCGCUGAACGUCGUCUACUCCAUCGCCGUGCUGCAAGGCGUGCUGUUCUGCUACCGGUUCGCCUCCCGCUCCGUGGGGAGAGAGCUUGUGGUUGAUGUGCUCACCAAGUACAAUUUCGACUCUUUUGGGAGCUCGAGAGCGUUGGUGGAGUACCUUCACGAGACGAGGACCGGGUGCGAGAAGGACCCGUCGUUCGUGGAAGGACGGAACCUAGUGACCUACGCCGUGGAGCUAACUAGGUCUGAAUCCCCAAACGACUUCCUCUCCGGGGCCAGGAUCCUGGCCACCCUCCUGGACCAACCCGAGCUGUCGGAGCAGCACAGGAUGAUCAAGCUGCUUGUCAUCUCGGCGUCGUCCAGCCAGGUGCUUGACAAGUUGCUGCAGACGAUGGACUGCAAUGCGAGACCAAAGAACGCCGAGGCGAGGGAGCUCGCCGCGAGGAUCGUGGCGCACCUCGCCGGCAACCUCCACCUCGAGCAGUUCCCUGGAGGGAUCCAAUUCAUAGCCUCACUUCUCGAUGGCCCUGUGGAGGAGGAGGAGGAGGACGACGAUGACAAUAUCUACUACCGCGUCCUUCUGGAUUACAACAAAGAGCUGAUGCGGCAGGGUCUCCUCAUCCUUGGGAAGCUCGCUGCAGACGCCAACUGCCGUCAAGCCAUCGUCGACACGGAGGGCCUGCUCACCAAGAUCAUGGAGCCCCUGCGAUCCGGCCUGCUCCACCUCAACGGCCAUAAUGAUACAUGGUCUGACACGGUGUACGCGUCCAUGGAAGUGAUGCGCCGGCUCGUCACUGCUCCUGGCAAGACUGGCGAAGAGGUCCGUCGCAGGAUCUCAGGCGACAUGGAGGCGAUGGCUAGCAUGGAGAGAAUCCUCAAGUGCAAGGAGUGCAGCGACUUGCUGCUGCAAUCACUGGAGAUUUACACGCGGCUGCACGAGCGCACGCUUUCCAACAAAGAAAGCUGGAGAAGUUUGAUCAACAUACUUGUACACACCUUCACUCAAUUCUACGUCAAAGACGACAUCAGAGGAUUGGCAGGUGAAAAGCUUGCAGCGCUGUCUUCCCAUGGCCAUGGCAAAGAAAAUGCCAAGAUAAUCUUGCAAGUGAAAGAGGAGGUGAUUGAUGAUCUCACUAAAAUGCUUGCAAACCCAAAUGAAAGGAACAAAUUCAAAAUAAGAGCAGCACAGAUCCUGGAGCAGCUGUGUAUUCAUCUCACUGAUGAUGAUGAAUAUCUCCAGUGCCUCAAGAAAGCCUUAAAGAUUGCGAUGCCAACGGUGCUUUCGAUAGCACUUGGUGAGGGAUAUCCGAGCAGCAAUUUACUGGCAACAGUUUUAUCUCUUUGUGCGACGAUGUUACGCAAUUUCACUAAUGCAGAAGAUUUCGCUCGCCUGUUCGAUGAUGAGAUUACAAGUGCCGGAUUCAGUUUUCCUUGGAGGGGGAUUACAAGUGCUGGAUUCAGCUUUCCUAGGAGGCUUAAGCACAUAGUCAUAAGGAACAGUUAUCCCUCUAUCAGCUGCCUGAAAACAUUGAAGCUUAUCACCGAGAUAUUCAUGCUAAUGGUUCGACAUGGAAGCGGUUACACCAAAGAAGAGACUGACAGCUUGAUGGAAUCGCUGUCCGAGGCUGCAGUUGAAAUGUCUGAUCUUGAGAACUUCAUGCUUAUAUCUCGUAAUAACAGAGACGGCACAAAGACUCUUGAUUUCAUUGUGAAAGAAGCAAAGGAGGAACUCAUGCAGAGAGAGAGAGAGCUCCAGAAACGGGAGAGGUCUAACUCUGUUAACGGAAACCCGAUUUAUUAUUGAUAAAAUCAUAACCAUUCAGCCUGUAUUAUGGUAACUUGCAUCCUUAUUGUAAAAUGUCAGCAGCCUGAAGAACAUGUAAGGCGCGCAGUUGUCGGAUAAUGAACAUAACACUAAGGGCGGGAAGAUGGUCACUGAAGCUAAACGCAAACGGGCCGCCAACUUCAAAUAUCUAGAUUGGGCCGUGUAACCGUAUGUAACAGCUGGCUUCGAACUAGCUUGCGAGAGAACAUCUUUGAGAUUCUUUUCAUGAA